UUUCCACACUCCCAGUAAUAUUUUCUUCCUUUAAGCUUCUUGGGUUUAGUUUAGCUUCAUACGUUUAGUUUAAGACUUAAAGUCAAAAAGAUGCAGUGGCUCAUUUCCUUUUUUUUAUUGAAUAUGAAAAGAUGAGAUAAAUAACCAUGAAAAAAAAUCAAAAUGGAUAAAUAUUUUGGAAUAGCUCUUCAGUGAUAUUUGGCAAACGUUUGUAUGCUAGAAUAAUCCUAAGACAUUCCAUGAGGUUAGUUGAACUGGUGACAGGUGAUAUUGAACAUAUUGAUUUUAGCUGCAGAUUCUGUGAUAUGUCAAGAUGCCUACAUAUGUGAUGGUACAUACUUUAUGCUGUGGGAUGGAGUGCAGAUUCAAGGAGAAUCCAUCCCUACAGGUGUCGCCACAGAGCCAGUCUACCUCAAUGUGACCUAUGGCAACCCUUCCCAGCUGUCCCAGGGGUUCCCUAAGAACUGCACCCUUGGUGAACUAAAGCUGAUGUUGGGUGAACUCACCCCCAUCGACCCAGAAAACCUGAAACUUUGCCAGCUGGUCACAAAAGAUGAUACCACAUCAGCAGUUCCAUUUAGUCCCAUAGAUGAAGGAAAGACACUGGAAGAGCUGAGACUUAAGGACGGUGACAACCUUAUAGCUGAAGACACCAAAGAAACUAGUAGCAGCGUUGCUAAGGACUCCUUAUUGAAGAAGUCUAACAAGCUUAUUCUUGAAGUAGAGAACAGAUGCCAGGAUUACUCUGCAAUGGAUGCUUACCCUGUGACCACUGUUGAAAUAGACAGAGAAACAAGAGUGUCAGAUCUGAAGGCAGUGAUAAUCUCAGCGUUCACAAUCAGCUCUGUACCUGGUGGGGGAAGACUAAGGGUGGAGGAUUCAAACUUGGGGCUCAGGCCUCCCUUACAUGAAGAACAGGAUGUGGUCACAGCUGGGUUGAAAAGUGGUCAACAUGUGGUCAUACAGCCAGGCAGUCCACCUCUAACUGACCAGAUGACCUUGACCUUCACCCCAGGAAGCCCUUCAGAUGACCUUCAAGACUUAGAAAUUAUGGUGAAAAAAUCUUGCACAGUCCAGCAGUGCAUGGAAGAGAUGGUACAAAAAGCAGGGUUUUCUGGUGAUAAUUGGCAUUUACGCAAGACUAAUUGGUGCGGGGAGGCCGGGGAGAUACUGGACGAUGUGGCAUCCAGUCUGGAACAGUGCGAUAUAAAAGAUGGCGACCAUCUUUUGUUGGAGGAGGGAAGGGUGCCUCCAAAAGGUUAUCUCCAGCUUCCAGUGUAUUUUCUUAAAACAAACAAAGAUAGGAAUGAGGGUAUGCUCUCAUGGAUAGCCACUGGUAUAUCAGGUGAGGCAAAACUGAAAUAAAGCACUCCUGGGGUGUGAAUAUAUCCAAAAUUGUGAGAUUUUUCAUGAAAUAUUUUUACCAUUAUUUAUUGACUCAAAAGAAAAUCUAAUAGC